AUGGAGACAAAUGUCAUUUUGGACAACAACUUGGUGAUAGAUUCUAACUCUCUUGAUAUGCCACAAUCUUUUAGUGCUGAAGAAGUCAUUGUUGAGCCUUAUGUUGGAAUGGAAUUUGAUUCAUUGAAAAAAGUUGAACAUUUUUAUACAUUAUUUGCCAAAGCAAAAGGAUUUGGGAUUCGUACCCGCUCUAGAUGUCGAGCAUCACUUUGUGUAUCAAAGGAUAAGAAUAGAGAGGUAUGGGUUAUAAAAUCUUUUGACAACAACCAUAAUCAUGUCAUGGCCAGUCCUAAGAGUGUGUCUUAUUUGAGGUGUCAUAAAAAAAUGAACGGUGCUGCAAAAAAUCUUGUUGAAAAGUUCAAUGAAGAAGGCUUACCGACUGGAAAGGUUGCUGCAAUGUUUAGUGGUAGUGAUUUAGCUUUUUCUAAUAGGGAUUGUUGGAACCAUUUGAGAAAUCUUAGGAGAAAGAACUUGGAUGUUGGAGAUGCACAAGCUGUUUUCAAUUACUGUAAACAAAAGCAAGCUCAAAACUCUAACUUUUUCUAUGCAAUACAAUGUGAUGAUGAUGACAGAAUGAUAAACUUUUUUUGGGUGGAUUCUAGAUCAAGGUUUGCUUAUCAACAAUUUGGAGAUGUUAUUACUUUUGAUACAACAUAUAGAACCAACAAAUAUAGCAUGCCAUUUGCCCCAUUCACGGGAUUGAACCAUCAUCUUCAAUCAAUUUUAUUCGGUUGUGCAUUAUUACAAGAUGAAUCUGAAAAACUUUUGUAUGGUUAUUUGAAACUUGGCUUGAGGCAAUGA